AUGCCACCUCCGACCAUGUCACCCUCUCGGUCCUUCAUCCGCAACUGUAUCCGACACUACUCGGCGCCAGUGGACUCGUCCAUCCCGGCAUCGAAACAGCAAUACAUCCCAACGUCAGGGACGUAUCCCAAAGGGUUCAAAGUGAGCGGGACACACGUGGGCGUGAAACCGGCCAACAAGUCCCACCCGGACCUCGCCCUGAUUGCGUCCGACCGUCCCGCCUUCGGCGCGGCCGUGUUCACGACGAACAAGUUCCAAGCGGCGCCCGUGCAAGUGAGCCGCAGCGUGCUCGAGAAGCGCGGCGGCACCGGUCUACGCAGCAUCAUCAUCAAUUCUGGAUGCGCCAACGCCGUGACCGGUGCCGGCGGGCUCGACGACGCUAAAGCCAUGGCCGAGACAGCCAGUGCGCAGUUUCAGCACUCCCAACCGUCAUCUGGAUCCGACGCCGACAAUCUCGGCCCCAACAGCCUAGUCAUGUCGACCGGGGUGAUCGGACAACGGCUGCCCAUCCAGAAGAUCCUGGCCAAGAUCCCCACGGCGUACGCCAACCUAGACGACUCGCACACCGCGUGGCUGACGACCGCGAAAGCCAUCUGCACGACCGACACCUUCCCGAAACUACUCUCGACCACAUUCACCCUCCCGUCGACGCAGCACCGAGGGAUCGAAUACCGUCUGGCAGGAAUGACCAAAGGCGCCGGAAUGAUCCACCCGAACAUGGCGACGCUGUUGGGCAUCCUCUGCACCGACGCCCCCAUCGGAGCCUCGGCCCUGAAAUCCCUCCUCACCACCGCCGUCAACCAGUCGUUCAACUGUAUCUCCAUUGACGGCGACACGUCGACCAACGACACCGUCGCGAUCCUUGCGAACGGCGCGGCAGCAGCAGCAGCAGCACCCCAGAACACCACGCCCUCACUGAUCACCGAGGAGGCUUCUUCCAAGGAAGACUACGACGCCAUGUCCUCCAUCCUGACGUCCUUCGCCCAGCGGCUCGCGCAACUGGUCGUGCGUGACGGCGAGGGCGCCACCAAAUUCGUCCAAGUCACCGUCCGCCACGCGCCCAGCCACCACGACGCCCGCGCAAUCGCCUCCACCAUCGCCCGCUCCCCGCUCGUCAAGACCGCGCUGUACGGCAAAGACGCCAACUGGGGCCGCAUCCUCUGCGCCAUCGGGUAUACGCCCGACAUCUCGCCCGACGCCGUGGUCCCGACCAAGACGAACGUCAGCUUCGUGCCGGCGCCGAACUCGAAGUCAAAGGACGAAGGCGUGCUGAAGCUGUUGGUCAAUGGCGAACCUGAAUCUGUCGAUGAAGAGCGUGCUGCACGCCUGUUGGAGGAUGAGGAUCUGCAUAUCGAAGUCGAUCUCGGUACGGGACAAGAGGAGGCCAAUUACUGGUUCUGUGAUUUCAGCCAUGAAUACGUUACGAUCAAUGGAGAUUAUAGAACGUGA